GAACAUGAAGGGGCCGAACAUCCUGGCCGUGGCAGCCUUGGCCCUUCUCCUGGUGCUGUCUGUUCUGGAAAACUCCAGCGGUGCUCCGCAGAGACUGUCUGAGAAGAGGAACUGGACUCCCCAAGCCAUGCUCUAUCUGAAGGGCGCACAGGGCCACCGCUUCAUCUCAGACCAGAGUCGCAGGAAGGAGCUUGCAGACCGGCCGCCUCCAGAAAGACGAAACCCAAAUCUUCAACUGCUGACUCUCCCAGAGGCUGCAGCCCUGUUCCUGGCUUCGUUGGAAAAACCACAAAAAGAUGAAGGAGGGGAUUUUGAUAAAAGCAAACUCCUGGAAGACAGACCCUUUUACUGGUGAAAAGGCACUAGGCCGUCGUCAAGUGUGCUUCUAGUCAUGAUGAUAACCGGAACCAUGUGAAAGGGGCCCCUGCACCCUCCCUUCCCCCUUAGACAGCUGCUCCUUUAGGUUUAGUCACAUGGACCUCUUGGCUGGAACACCACCAUGUUCUGCUGCGUUGGCUUGGCAUCACCCAUGUCUUACGUAGGCUUGGAUCUCAUAGGGCCUUUCACGUGUCGAGGCUGAGAACUCAGAAAUGUUCUCUCUUUUCCCACAGUCAGGCCCUGUCUUGAUCUUGGCUGUUUGUUUUCUGAUCCCAUUUCUCUCUUGCCUUUGGUGCCACUCAGCAGUAAAUCUCGUUCCUCCUUUUCCCCAUCCCCCGGAAGAGAAAGGGUAGGUACGUCAGGAAGGGAGUGGAUAGUAUGUCUCUUUGUAACUCAUCUUGGAGAGGUCAAUUAAGGAGGGGAGCGAGGAGAAGAUGCCCUGAUAAAGCUCCCACAAAAACACAUCUCUGUCACUGCUCAGAUGGGGACCCUCAGUGAUGCUCAAACCCUUAGAAGGUCUGUGAAGACCCAGGACCGGGAGUCUCUUUGUGUUCCUAAGAAAUCUAACUGAAUUCCACAUAGAAACUUGGACCUUAAGAUACCGGCAUAUAAGCAGAUGGUGAUGGAAGAGUUUGCUGGAGCAUAUGGCACCAAAAGGGACAAACCAGUUGUUCGGGUUCAGAGGUAGUUCGUUUUCUAUAGCUGAAAGGUACUCCAUCAUGACUUUACAUUAAGGUAUUCCUAUGACACAUGUGCAUGCCAUAUGUACUUUUCCAUGCACACACGCAUGCAUGCAUGCACACAUACACACACACACACACACACACACACACACAUUCACAUGAACAUGCACAUAAUGUAGGAAUUUGGGAGUGAGAUCCCUAUAGCAAGGAGACUGACUUAUUUGGACUUAUUUUGGAAUUAUAUCAUGCUCACCAUGGGUGGCUUUUUUUACCUACUCAGUUCAGAGUCGUUAACAAUAAGUGCACAAGUGACAAGUAGUGAUAUUUACUGUCCUCAGCUUACAGCUAUUACCUUGUAACUACACAGUAUCUUUAUGUAAAUACCUCUGUAAUCUGAUGUUUUAACCCAACUGUGUGAAGUAAUCAAAACCAUGUGUAUAUGUUUUGUCUGCUUCUCAGUUCAUAAUUAAAUAAUAAAACUAUACUCA